CCAAAAGGCUCUUCACAAUGACUGCCGGCCUCGAGAAAGCUUGCCACCGUUGCAUAUCUAAAAUUGCCAGCAAUGCUUGCUUUAUAUUUGGGCUCCUCACUUUCCUUGCAUUACCACUGUCCAUGACUUUUAUAGGAAUGAAGUUUUUGGAAGAUUGCCCAGUUCAGCCACUAAUUCCAUUAUAUCUGUUGGUGGGUGGCGUGAUUGGCAGCUUAAAGGUGACUCUCCUGCUGUACGACUCAACCAGGAUGAGGCAGUUGCUUUCCAAGUCUGUUGUGAUUGAUGAUGAUGAUGACGAUGAAUAUCCCUGGAGGCAGAAUGCUCACAAAUUCUAAUUGAUAGAUAUCCUGCAUCAUGAUGAAGACCUAUGUAUGUUCUACAUAUGAUAUGGAAAGGAUUGCUACAUCAGGACUGCCAUUUGAAAUUGUUGCUUCUUGGUUUAUGUUUCUUGAGGUUACUGUUCACUGAUGCAAUACAUGAAAGUUCCACAGGUGGUAGCCAUACCAGGGAAAAGAAAAUGUUUUGAAAGGGUAUAAUCUUAGAGGGAAAAUAAAAAAGGCUGACAAGUGCCAUGUGAUGGUGCAUAGUACAAGAAAACAAAGUACAAGAAAACUGCUAAAAGGAACAAGGUUAUAUUGCAAGAACAGGUUUUCAAAGAAAUUGUAUGAAGUUCUGAGAAAUCACAUAUACAUUUUUGUAACAGUAAAUUUCCACCAGAUGUCUCAUCUGAAUAAAAAUGCAGGGGGCAAGAUAUUGACCAGUGUAAGUGCAUGAGCCUAUGUGACUGGAGUUUAAAGAUUAAGGUACUUUACAUUUAGCAGUCAGGCUAAUUAUAAUCAACCCUGCUGCAAUUUCACUGAGAUAAAUAGUUAUAUCAGAGAUUGAUUUCACCCACAGAUUUGAAUCUAAGCCAUACUGGCUCUUCUGCAUGAUCUUUAGUACUCAAGCAAAGGGGGAAUCUGUGAUACCUUUCCCUCUGCUGCAGUACAGCAGCUCAAAUGUGAGAGAUGCUCAGAGAUACAAACUGUGGGCCUGUAGGCCAACAUACAUGAAAGCUUUUUUUGACAAGGUCCUCUUGAUGUCCAUGUGAGUUACGUACCUGCAUAUCUUAAGGAUUUGAUUCUCAGACCUUUGCAAAAAACAUAUUUAGCCUUUCAGUACCAAUAUGAAAUGAGUACCCAAAGCGCAAAUAGUGGGGGAAAAAAAAAAUUCCACUGUGCACAUUUGUUCACAAGUUGCUAUAGACAACACCUUUUUAUUAUUGUUGCUGAUUUUUGCUCUUUGCAUUGCUAUUCUACUGCUGCAUGGAUUUCACAUUACUAGUUCAUAAAUUCUA